UAAUACUUAAUUUCCUGCAACCUUCAGUUUGACUUGACAGUUAGAGAGCUGUAAAGAAAAGAGCAGGAACAGUUCUCCUCUGAAGUAAGCGGAAUACAAACAAUGCGGAACGGAUGUUCAGCAGCAAACGUUUCCGACCGGAUGACAAUUUCGUUGGACAGUUUUCUGUUUACAGCACAACGUGGGUCACUGUGACGGAACUUUUAUGGUAUAAGUAACUCAUAUUUGUUUUUUAUACGUAUUAAAAUGGGUAAAAAGCGCCACAGCGAAGACUCGACGGAGUCAAACUCUCCGGUGAAGAAAGAAGUUCCGGAGUUCAACGGGACUGUGUUUAAAGCCAUGCUGAAGGAAGCCAGCACAGCCAUGAAGGGACUGGAGACCUUCAUAUCCACCGCUAAGAAGCUGCCAUGCUCUGACCUGUAUGAUGUGGUGGAAGGUUAUAUCAAAAUCUCUAUGGAGUGUGCAGAAAUAUUCAAAUUGCUAGAGAGAGAAAAACAUCUAGAGAGCGAGAUGAUGCUGAUUUUUGAGAGCUUGGAGAUGAUCCUUCUGAGGACGGCCAGUGACCUGUCCCACUUCAACAUGGUUGGCAAUGCUAUUGUGAAAAAGACUCUUUCUAGCUACGUGAAACUUCUGCAGGGAUCUUUCCAUUCAGAAAAUCACAGGUUUGUCCGUCAGUGCCUCAGCCUCCUGUCCGCCUUGGUGUCUCAGGGUCCAGAAGCUGCCAGAGAGGUCCUAAGUCACAUUCACAUCAAUAAAGCUCUGUCUGGACUGGCAAAGAGAAAGGAUAAGAGGGGAAGACCUGAUGUCCGCAUGGCUUUUAUCCAGUUUGUGCUGUCCUUUCUGGUGUCUGGAGACAACGCUACAGUUGGACAGAUCUUAGAAAGCAAAGAACUCCUGCCAGAGAUCCUGAGUACGGGUCUGAAGGAGGACAGGAUGUCCAUAGUCAAUCUGAUUUUGUCCACGCUGAAGACUAGAGUUGUACUAAACAAGGCCAUAAGUAAAACACAGAAAGUGCGUUUCUUCACACCUGCUGUAUUGGCCAACAUAGCAUCUCUGUAUAAAUGGAAUGGGAUUGUAGAUGCAACCACUGAUGAUGACAGAAUGUUGGAGGACUCAGAGCAUGCUGGGAUAUCCGUCAUCCGGGAACUUGUUCACAGUUUCCUUCUCGACCUAUGUUGCUCUCGUAAGCAUGGCAUCAGCUUUCAUGAUGCCAGCUUUGGUACAGCUGGCAGAGCUGGCAACAUUGUCUUGCUUCAAUUCUUGGUGGGGCAGAAGCAGGCGACAGAGGAUGAACUGGUGACGGAGUUGGUGGUGAAUGUGCUGAAAACUACCCCCGACAUGCUGGCCAGAUACUUUCAGGAGACUCAGUAUUCAUACACCCCCCGCCUCAAAAGUGCUUGGCAGGACAAUGUCAAGCUACUUAAAAAGAUCUACGAAGGCCAGCCAGAGAUUUCCACAGUUUUCCAAACUGGUGAGAUCAUCCCCCUCCCUCGCCUGCUGUCCAUGAUCAUGGUGAUAUCUCUUCCUCCAGUCUGCAACAAGGCCUUCUUCACACAGGGCCUCAGUCUUGCCAACACAGCCGUGCAGCUCACCACUCUGUCCAUGAUGAAUUUCAUGUUGAAAAGAGCCAAUAAGAAUGUGGAGUACCUUUUGGAUAAGUCUGAGUGGCACAGCUCAGACAUAUACACUCUUGACAUGAUGGGGAAUUUGGUGCAGCAGUACAGGGAUACACUCAGCAAGAUUUUGCCCGAUAUGACGAGCAUAGUUGCAAAGUGGCAAUCACUUAGCAAGAAGGAAAAGACGGAUGGUGAAGAAAAAAAGACCAAAACUGAAGGGAGUGCUGAACAGACGGAUAAACAAAACGAAGUGCAAGCAGGUGCUGAGACAGCUGAGGUAAUCCUGCUGAAGACGCUGAUUCUUCAGGCCAUAUGUCUUUACCAGAAAGUAGUGCCACAUCUGGUUAGCCAGAGCAAAUUUGACUUCAGCAAGCUCUUAAAAGGGAUUGUGUCGGAGAAAGGAAUGAGGGAAGAAGUUCCCCCAGUGUUGCAGUAUCAGAUACUGCAGUUGGCCUUAGAUCUCCCUGCAAGCAAGUUCUCCUGGUUCCGCAUACAGGAUGUUGCAGAUACAGAAUCAUCAUCUGGAGAGAAGUCAGUGCUUUACCUCCUUCUCAAGAUGUUUGUAAGCAGCAGCAGCAGCCACCUGAAAACCUCCACACGGAGGCUGGUUCUAAAAGUGCUAAAGGACAGUGGGGUGUUUGAGUACACCUGGACUGAGCUUGAGCUCUGGCUCGACCAGCUGGCCAGAGUAGAGCCAAACCAACAAGAGACUGUCAUCCAGUUCUUGGAGAGGGUGUUGGUGAAACUGGUGUGCAAUUCGUACACAUACACAGAUAAGGUUGCCAGCCUGGUCCAGGAGGCAGCUUAUCUGCAAGCUAACCUGAGUAGCCAGGAGGGCGACGCUGCCAGUAUCCCAGUCUCACACAUAGAUGAUGUCUUAGACAUGCUGGAUGUCAUUAUGGAGGGUAAUGAAGGUGAGAUGGAGGAGCUCGGGCCAUCGCUGAGUGAAGACCUCAUCAUCCAGACCUUCCCCUUCAGUGCGGUGGUACCUGCUGCUCUGGAGGCCCGAAACAAACUGCCAGCAGACAAGGGGGUUGUAUAUGAGUACUUGUCUGCGGUGCUUUCAGAUGUGCUGCACUGUCAGAGAGAGCCGCUCCCCCUCUGUCUGGCUCUGCUGCAGUACGAUAAAGAGCUCUUGUCCUCAGAACUAUCUGCUUCUCCUCAUCCCUCCAUCAUACACCUUCAUCAGUAUUACUCCAAAUGGCUGCCACAGCAGUGCCGGGAGGAACUGUUCAAGUCCUCUCAAUGCCAUUCAACGGGACCGUCAACCCCCAUUUCAUUCACUGCACUGAUGAAAUCUGCGUAUAGCCAAGGGCCGAACACUUUGCUUGAGGACACCUUCAGGAAGAACGUAGAAGGAACUCUAGCUUCCAUGUUGAUGCCUGAUUUUCCAGUAGCAAUCAAGCAGAUCUUACUCUACAUAAAAUCAACAGUGGAAAACCAUGGCACGUUCUCCAAAGACAUAGGAGCUGCCCCUCUGAAGACCUUAAUGGGAAUACUCCUGGAUUUGGUGACCAAGCUACAAGGCUUUCAGGAGACCACAAACUCUGAGCCAGCAGCACAGAACUCCCAAGAAGGAUCAGACCUCUUCCUGGAAAUCAACCAUUCCUCCACAGCUGAAGCCAAUAAAGAGCAGAUCCUCGUUUCUGCUUUUGGCUCCAUCUUCAAGCAUCCAUGUCUGGAGCAGUGGUUUCUGGCUCUGGAGCUGGCUGCUUUGCCUCUUUACACUCUGAACCCCGUCAGGCUAAAGCAUCUGUGUGCUCAGCUGAAUGAUGACAUUCUGGCCUUGCUGAAGACCAGCGCCCCCACUCUCCGUGAUCUUGGUCACCUGGAGCUUUUCUGUAGCUACAUGGAGGCUAUAGAAAAAGCUGUGCUCAAGGAACUGAUGGAGAAGGGUUCCCAGGCACCAAAGAAACAGUCCAGACCUUUCCAGGCCCUCCUGUCUCUGCACGGCUACAUGGACUCCUGCAAUCUGAGAGAGGUGGUUUCCAAGUUGCUUCUCCUCCCCCAGGAGAGUCUAAUCUCCCCCAGCAGUGAGGGCACACAAGCCGAGCUUAGUGUCUAUGGUCAUGCUGCACUGCAGAUCCUCACAGAGUCUAAAGCUGACCCUUCCCAGGACCACGGCAUCCUUCUAUCUCAAGCACACCUCCACGGCCUGAGCACCCUGCUGCUGUCCUGCUCCAGCCCUGCACUGGAGGCCUUCCUGCUGCACACUCUGUCUAGUGAGCCAGGCAGUGCCAAACUCAUUCACACAGAUGUGCUGCUGCACUGUCUCCAGUGUCCUCUCUCAGACACUCAGGCCAUUGGCUCUCUGCUGCUGCAGAACUGCUCCACUCACCGCCUCUGCUUUGAGAUGUGGUGCCUAGAGCCAGCAAACAUGGAGAAGCUCUCAGACCAGACGGAAACAUUCCUUCCACUGAUCAACACCUACCUACAGGUGGCCAGUAGAGAGGAUCCUGCCAGGCCCAAAGAUGUGCAAAAAGAGGUUGUAAAAGCCUUGAAGCAAGCACUGCUCGCCAAAUUAUCCCAAAGUGUUCUGGGAAACCUGUCAGAAGACACUAGAGCCCAGCUUCCUGAAACGCUAGCCGGUCUGAUCAAGCUCUCUGCAAACAUCAAGGACAUCAGGGACUUGAUCAACACUUUGCCCAGUGCUCUUCAAAAAGUGGACAGUUUUGAAAGUUGGCAACUAGUAGAUGUUAUCACUGAGAAACUGUCCGAUUGCCCAGAAGAACAAGAAACCUGGAGGAAGUCUGUCACCACUGCUGCCCUCAAGUGCCUCGUAGCCGCUUACAGUCACUCUAAAGAUCAGGCUACUUCACAGGCAGAGCAGGAGCAGAGCAUCCUGAAAAGACUGCAAGGACUCCUAACAUCAGCUGAAGACAUCACUGCAUCUGAAUGGAACAGUUUUGUCAAGAGUGGACUGAAAUAUCGCUACAGAGAUCACCACUUUCUGAACACAUUGAGCAACCUGUUGGAAGUGAUGUACGGCAGCAGUGAAGUCCAGAAGGACCUGAUUCCUUUGUCCACCCUUCACAUGAUGACCAGCAGCCAUUCUCUGUUCCUGCCCACCAUGUUGGACUCUGAUGAAGAGCCUAGCAGGUGCCAGGCUAAAGAAGCGUUAGUGUCCCUACUUCUGUGUUUGGUGAAGAAAUGCCCAACAGUUUGUAACACCAAUCACUUUGUUGUGCUGUUGGGAGCAUAUGGAGUUACACUGAGCACUUCAGAUCAGAAACUGUUACUGCUUCUUCAGGAAUAUGAACAGAACAAUGUCAGUCUGCUGAAAUUUCAAUCCUUCUUGUGGGGCCCGGCAGCUGUGGAGCACCACAAGACCAGGAAAAGCCUCGGAGCUUCUCUGUGGAAGCAAGCGAGCUCAGACGACCUGUUGGCCCUGCUGCAACCGGAUAGGAUGCUCCACACCAUCGCACACUUUCCCCAGCAACGCAGAAUCAUCCUGCAGGAUGAUAAGGAGCUGCUGUAUUGUAACAAUGCAGUAAAGGACCUUGGGAAUUUGUAUGAUCCACGGUUUCUUUUGCCUCUAUUCAGCACCAUACUGCAGCCAGAGUGCGUGAUUGACUGCCUCAAGUUUAUAUCCAGCCAUGCCCUUGGAGUCACUGUAAUGGCUCUUAGCAGCUACGACCCCAAAGUGAGAGCGGCAGCGUACCAUGUGCUGAGCUGCUUCUACCAACACCUGGAGGGUGCUCGCAUCAGAGAGAAGAGACAGCUGCUGUACUUGAUGGACACAGUGAAGAAUGGGAUUCGACAGCAGAAUCAAAGACUUCCAUUUGUCCUGACCACGUACAUCGCCAAAGUGGCCCAGCAGAUGCUCAAACCUGAGGACCACAUGUACGUGGUGUUAAACAGGUUUCUGCUGUCCCAUCAGAGUUUGGACUUCAGAAGAGUCCCUGAGUUCUUCAAGCUAUUCUAUGGCUUUGACUUGGAGCAUAAAAUGGAACGCGAGUGGAUCCUGAGUGUGCUGGAGGAAGGGAUAAGUGAUGGACACUGCUAUGAACUGUGUGAACAACAAGGCAUCUUCCAGACCCUGUUAGGUUUCAGCAGCAGCCCCCUGUGUGACGAACACUCCCAGGCACAGAUUAUCAGGGUGUUGUGCCAGGCCGCCCGUGUGACCAAAGCAGCUUAUAACCUCACCAAGAGCUGUGGGCUCCUAACCUGGAUGAUACAGAUGGUUGAAAGAAGGAAUCUAGACCAGCAGCUGCUAAAUACCAUCAUAGAUCUGCUCCAUGUGCUCUGGUUUACUAACCUUGGGCAGAAGGAGAAACAGGUGGAUGGAGCCAAGACCUCCUCAUCUACAGAGGAGAAACCUCGCAGCUCAGUGAAGUGUCUCCCACUCCCACUCAUCAGUGAAUUCCUGUGUGUGGCAUCAACUCUCAGCAGACACCUCAGGUUGCGUGUGAAGGCCGCUCAGCUCAGCCUGUUCCUGCAGACUCUCAGCUCUGUCCUGAAGCAUCGUGGGACAGCUCUCAAUGCAAACCAACAGGCCGACUGGCUAACGCUCAACCCACAGCCUCUCUCUGGUACCGAAGCCCUCUCUCUGCUUCUCUGUUGGGCUUCCCUGUCCCGCAACACGGCACUCCUAACCCAAAUACAAGCCCUGUCUGAAAAGCACAAAGUGAAGGAAUUGCUGGGGAUGGGGAAGGAUAAGGCCAGAGGUAAAGGCUCCUUUUUCCAGACCUGCACACGAAAAGAGAACCUGGCAGAAGAUGCUGAGACUGAGAAACAAGAAGAGCGUCUCCUGACAGAGUGUACCGUUUACCUCAGCAGUAUCUUCGUUCACUGGGAGCCUGUGUUUCCCCUCUCUGAACCCCAGCCGGAUCAGCCAAGAGACAAGCUGGAUCCCAGGCAGUUGGCCGGUGAUACUGCGCACCUGCUCACCAAGUGGUCCCUGAGGUGCUUGCUGGAGGACUCGUACGAUGAAAACAGAACAAAGGAAUUCUUGCACUGGUUCGAAAAGGCCGUGAUAAAACAGGGGGAGAUGGCGAAUGCUGUGUUACUGGAUCCCGGCAUGAAAGCAGACAUCCUUCGACUCUACCAUCGGGCCUUUGAAGCUCAGUGUCACUCCAGCGUUUCAGAAAGAGCGGAAACGUUCCAGCUAUUUAGCAACAUUAUGAUGCGCUUACUGGAGACCCAAGGCCGCCUUCCAGAGCUGCAUCAGGCUGUCGUCUCCGCAUGCUGGCCAGAAGCCACACAGGAUCAGUCUAGACGCGAAGCGGGGCUGUUCCUGUUGUCGUCGUACAUCCAUGAGUUGUGGAGCGGAGCCGCGUCAGCAGAGCUGUUCCUGUCUCAUGUCCGUUUGGUGACCAGAGCCAAGAGUAAGAGACAGAAAGCAUCCAAAUCAUCACUGACCCAAACAGCCGUCAGAGCCAUCUGUGAUGACAUCAUCACCAUGAAAAGUUAGAUAUGUCGUGAACACUACUAUGUUCUCUGAGACAGACUUACAUGUCAUUCCAAGAAAGCCUUAUUUUUGCUGCUUUGUUUGGUUCUUGUAAAAAGAUUGACGAUAUUUUGAAAAACCUUCUGUUAUAAAUAUGUUGAUUUACAAAUCUGUCA